AUGCUGCGCUUGCUGCCAUGGCUCCGUGCUCUGACCCGGGAGAGCGUGCGGCCCGGAGUCCUGCAGGGCCUGGCUGCUGGUGACAGGAGCGGGGCCGGGAUGUAUCCCACCUGCUACUGUGCAGGCAAAGCUAAGCAGCGGGCUGUGCUGCUCCCCCUGGACCCCUACGGCCAUGGGCUGCUGCACACCUUUCCCCCGGAUGCCUACAGGACUCGAGGCCAUGGCAAGAGGAAGAGCUGGAACUUCAUCCACGAGAAGAUGAGUUAUGACACCUUCUUCACAAUGAAGCGUCUGAUAGAGCGCUCGCGCAGCGUGGGAGAAGUGCUGCGGUGGGUCACACAGAACCCCAGCAAGGUGUCCGCCAGCCACUACCCCAUUGCCCUGCACAAGCUGGGCCAGCUCUUGCAGCAGCAGCAGGGAGGCCACAGUGAAUGGGGGAGCCGCGGGCCCAGCCAGAUGCUGGAGCAGCCAGAGUUUCAGACUCUCUGUCAGGCCAUCAUCAGCGGCUGCUCCAAGUUUGAUAACUUCAGCAUUGUCAACUGUCUGUACGCCGCCGCUGCGCUGGGCCUGCCUGGGGAAUCGCCGCUGGUGCGGGUGCUGGAGGACGAAUCCCGGAGCCGCCUGGGCCGCUUCAACCAGAAAGACGUCUCCAUGGUCUUCAGCAGUGUGAUGAGGCUCCACCCGUCCAGCCCACACCCCCUGGUUGAGUCUUGCCUCAGCAGUUUGGAGCGGCACCUGGAGAAGGAGCGGCACCCCCAGACCCUCUUCCUGCUCCUCUCCUACUACCGGCUGCGGGCGCAGGCGCUGCAGGGACACCCGGCCUCCGACCAGCAACUGAUCAACAACCGCAAGAUCCUGCGCCUCGUCAGGCACACACUGGGGCAAGUGAGUGCCAUGCGGGAGCAUGAGCUGGCCCUCUUGGACGAGAUGCUGGCUCUGUGCGCCCAGGAGGCAAACAACAAGGCCCUGGAGGCCAUCUUCAGCUCUCAGCUCUUCUACGAGAACCGCCAAGAGCGAUUCAUCCGCAGUAUGGCAGAGUGGCUCCCCAGGAAGGCAGAGAACCUUACCCCUUACACCAUGGCCCUCAUUGCCAAGUAUGUGGCCCGGCACCGGCUGCGUGAGCCACGGCUGCUUGAUACCAUCGCAAACUUUCUCCUGAAGCGUGGGGAGCAGCUCGACAGCAAGGUGAUCCAGAAGCUGGUGUUUCCCUUCAGCCGCAUGAAUUACCGCCCAUCCAACCACAGCGAGCUCUUCCCCAAGCUGGAGGCCAUCCUGGAGCAGAAAGCCGGCAGCUCACCCCUGGCGACUGUCAACAUCCUCAUGUCCAUGUUUCAGCUUAGCCAUUUCCCCCAGACUGUCCUGCACCAAGUCUUCUCCCCAGCCUUCAUCACCAAUGUUAUGAGCAGCCCCUACGCGCUGAUCGUGCGCCGCUACCUCUCACUGCUGGACGCGGCGGUGGAGCUGGAGUUCCGCGAUUACAGCGGCCCACGCCUCGACCCGCGCUACCGUGUCCUCAUGUUCGAGCACGCCUUGACAGCCGACGAGGCCAACAGAAAGUACAGUUACAAGGGGCUGGUGGCCGAGGCCUUGCGGCAGCUGGUGGGAGAAGAGUGCUAUCGGCAGGACGAGGUGCUGCCUCCAGGAUACUGCACAG